AAAUAUGAUGUAUGUUAUCCUAAACAAGGUUGCAUGGUGCACACCUCACGUGCUCCAAUUGGUGCGGUCCUGAAAACGAACACUUUCUCGGCUUCAAAUUGAGUGCACUAUUUACAACUCAAUCGCAACCUCGCUGUCAAAGGUUGAGGGAGUCUGCGUUCAAGUUAGCGUUAAACGAGGUACUUCAAAGUGGGGUCUCUCCGACUGAGGUUUAAUAUAGCAACCAUUCUCCUCCUUGCAACGGUUGUGAUUCACUGCAUCAUAUGGACAAGGGACAAUCGCUGGUUCACGGGGUUUUAGGCUAGAGUGAGCCAGCCAAGGCAGUCUUACACCCCGCAGUGUCUAACGUUACGGAUUCUCCAAUACAUCAAGCCGCAUUGCUACAUGUGAGCUAUCCGUGUUGGGUUGAAUUAAUUCAGAUUUUUACACCAGAUGUGCUGUAGACUACGUUUGAAUUUGGUUUCGCUGAUUAUUUACUGUAGCAUCGAUAAUAAUGGACUGAAAGUUGCGGGUAAACAAUAACAACCUGCAGUGAUUUGUUGUUUGUAUAAAUGAUAGAGGAUACGAUGACACUGUUGUCUCUUUUGGGUCGGAUCAUGCGUUAUUUUCUGCUCAGACCAGAGACCUUGUUCCUCCUAUGCAUAAGCCUGGCUCUAUGGAGUUACUUCUUCCACACUGAUGAGGUGAAAACCAUCGUCAAGUCCAGCCGGGAUGCUGUCAAAAUGGUCAAGGGGAAAGUGGCGGAGAUUAUGCAGAAUGACAAAUUCGGGGGUCUCGACGUUCUGGACGCAGAGUUCUCCAAAACCUGGGAGUUCAAGAGCAACAAUGUGGCGGUGUACUCCAUCCAAGGCCGGAGAGAUCACAUGGAAGACCGCUUCGAGGUCGUCACUGACAUCGUGAACAAGAGUCACCCUUCUAUAUUUGGGAUUUUUGAUGGCCAUGGGGGAGAGGCGGCGGCUGACUUUGCCAAGGCCCAUCUGUCGGAGGCGUUGCGUCAGCAGCUCCUGAGCUACGACCGAGAGAAGGAGAAAGAGAAGGAUGAAAAGGAGCGCAGCGAUGGUCUGUCCUAUCCCUCCAUUCUGGAGCAGCAGAUCCUGGCUCUGGACAGGGACAUGUUGGACAAGCUGUCAGCCGUCUACAACGAAGCAGGUACCACAUGUCUGGUGGCCCUGCUGUCUGAUAAAGAGUUGACGGUGGCGAACGUUGGCGACUCGCGUGGAGUGCUCUGUGACAAAGAUGGCAACGCCAUCGCCCUGUCACAUGAUCACAAGCCCUACCAGCUCAAAGAACGCAAGAGGAUCAAGAAAGCUGGUGGCUUCAUCAGUUUCAACGGUUCGUGGCGUGUUCAGGGCAUCCUGGCCAUGUCUCGCUCGCUGGGCGACUACCCUCUGAAGAACCUGAAUGUGGUCAUCCCUGACCCUGACAUCAUGACCUUUGACCUAGAUAAGCUGCAGCCAGAGUUUAUGAUCCUGGCAUCGGACGGGCUGUGGGAUGCGUUCAGCAACGAGGAGGCCAUACGCUUCAUCAAAGAGCGCCUCGACGAACCCCACUUUGGUGCCAAGAGCAUCGUCCUGCAGUCUUUCUACCGCGGGUGCCCAGACAACAUAACCGUCAUGGUGGUCAAGUUUAAAGGUGCUGGUGGCAAGGCCACAGAGCAGUAGACCUACUGAUGCAUCCAAACAAGAAAUCUAUAUUGUAUAUGUACUGUAUGUAUAGGUUUAAGAGAAAAGACAAAACAAGCCCGCAGUUUUUGGAGCGAGAACUGUUUGUAUCGAAGAUAUUUACAGAAAUUAGCCGUUCACCACAUGAUGCAAACACUAAAACGUACACUUACAAAUUCACUCACUCUCUCCAUCAGUCACUUGUUUAGUUUUUUUUCUUCAAUCUAGAUAACAUGUCAUUUAUGUUUUAGUUUUUUUAAGCAGUCAUAUCCUCCAGGCCCGACACAUUUACAUUUACAUUUACGUCAUUUAGCAGACGCUCUUAUCCAGAGCGACUUACAGUAGUGAAUCCAUACAUUCCACAAUUUUUUUCCCCCCGACACUGAGUCACUGUUUUGCAUAAGAGGUACACCGAGAUAUUGACAUAAUUUGAAGUCGAGGCAGUGAUUUGUACAUCUCUGAGAGAACCUUUAUCAGCAGAUGUCUCAUCUUAUUGGUGCUUACAUACAUCAGAGCAUCGGUAACUGGGCACCUGUUUGGUUAGCCGGAGGGGCUAAAUACUUUGUCUGUUUUAAAGAGAGCUAAGACGAGACGAACUUAACUGUGUUCUCUUCUGUUUUGUCUGGCAUGGGGGGGGGCAAUAAAACAGACAAUGUGACCGAUUGGAUUUAAAUGGCAUUAGGAGAUACGUACAUGCUCUGCAGUCCUCAUAUCAAAUGAGUCUUAUAGAAAUCACAUUCAGUUUGAUGCUUCACUGUCCCCCCUUGAUUUCUAACAUUGUUCUAUCAUUCUAAACAUUCCAUCUUGUCUGUCGGCUCACCAGUCAGCUCCUGAUCUCCAUGUUGAUUUUUGACCUGCAGUUGAGUACCCCCAAAUGACUGCACUGAAAAUUGCAACUGUAUUUUGAAGUUCUGAAGUUUAUUGGUACUAAAUAUAAUAUUCCUUUCCUCAUUUAUGCAAACUACUAAUGAUGUCAUCUAUGCCUGUCUGUCAACAACAAUCUGUGUAUAACCAUCUGCCCAGAAUGCAUUUCUAUAACUCUAAUCUCCAGUUAACCCUGAUUUAGGAAUGAGUGGCACUUUGACAAUAGUUGCACAAAUGUUUGCGCCAUGCUGUUAUUGUUAUGUCAGUCUUUUUAAAUUAAGUAUACAAAUAGAUUUUCACAGGCGCGAUGGCAUUGUACUGUUUGAAUAGUCUACACGUCUUUAUUCUUAUCAUUGGCAGACGAUUGUCUUUCUGAAGUUGGGUUUAGUUCUAUGGUCUCAUGCUCCCUCUACAUCAGGGUUCUCUGGUGUGGGAGAGUACACAGUAAAAAAGACCAUCCCUGUCACUGCCUGUCAUAUUGUACAGUUAACUUUUAAAGUUUAUUUCUGUCAACUGACGGACUCAAAACGUAAUAUGAAGCCUUUGAAUGAAAUAUGUACUUGUUGCCUUAUUUUUUUAAAUAUACAUUUCCUCAUUUGUUGCCAAAAUGAACUCCUUGGUUUCUAAUGUAACGUUUGACAUGCCAUUCACAUCGCAUGUAGAUAUCAUAUGUCACGUAUAUAAUACCAUCACAGAGGUCUCCAUGAGACGAGGAAGUGUAACAUGAAUGUACAUGCUGUUCCCAUGUUAUCCUCCCCCUUCACAUCUGCAAUGAAGAAAGCAAUGCACCAACUCUUUGGUAGAUUAACAAAAGCAGUAUGUACUAGAUUAGUAUGUUUUUAUGUGCUUUUUCAGUUGUACAUUCUUCCAAAGUAAUGUAUGUUUGUGGACUUUAUUUGUUUUUGUUGAAUUUAAGAAACUGUAAAAAAAGAAAUAUGUGAAUUUUAAGAUAAAAUCAAACGGAUGAUGACAAUAAAAGGAUUAAUGAUCAUAA